UUUUUAUUUAUUUUUUUAUGAGAACCAAUCCUUUUAUUCUUGGGGUUUCCGCACUUGUAGAAAAGAAGGCAGGACGUAUUGAUCAGAUAAUCGGCCCAGUACUCAACGUAUCUUUCCCUCCAGGUAAUAUGCCUAGAAUUUACAAUUCCUUGAUAGUUAAGGAUAACGAUACAACUGGUCAGCCAAUAAGUGUGACUUGUGAGGUACAACAAUUAUUAGGAAAUAAUAAGGUUAGAGUUGUAGCUAUGAGUGCUACAGACGGUUUGAUGAGAGGAAUGAAAGUAAUUGAUACAGGAGGUCCACUUACUGUUCCAGUUGGUGAAACUACUCUUGGAAGAAUUUUUAAUGUUCUUGGGGAACCUGUUGAUGACUUAGGUCCUGUAGAUGCUCUCACAAGAUCUCCUAUUCAUAGAUCUGCUCCCGCCUUUACACAAUUGGAUACUAGAUUUUCAAUCUUUGAAACAGGCAUUAAAGUAGUGGAUCUUUUAGCUCCUUACCGCCGUGGGGGAAAAAUUGGAUUAUUUGGGGGAGCUGGAGUGGGUAAAACAGUGUUAAUUAUGGAAUUAAUCAACAACAUUGCUAAGGCUCAUGGAGGUGUUUCGGUAUUUGGCGGAGUAGGAGAACGUACCCGUGAAGGGAAUGAUCUUUACAAGGAAAUGAAAGAAUUGGGAGUCAUUAAUGAACAAAAUAUAUCAGAAUCAAAAGUAGCUUUGGUCUAUGGUCAGUUGAAUGAACCACCAGGAGCUCAUAUGAGAGUAGGUUUAAUUGCUUUAACUAUGGCUGAAUAUUUCCGAGACGUAAAUAAACAAGAUGUACUCCUAUUUAUUGACAAUAUCUUCCGCUUUGUCCAAGCAGGAUCAGAGGUAUCCGCAUUAUUAGGCAGAAUGCCUUCCGCAGUGGGUUAUCAGCCAACUCUUAGUACGGAAAUGGGUUCUUUACAAGAAAGAAUAACUUCUACCAAAGAAGGAUCUAUAACCUCCAUUCAAGCAGUUUAUGUACCUGUAGAUGACUUGACUGAUCCCGCUCCUGCUACAACAUUUGCACAUUUAGAUGCUACUACUGUACUAUCGAGAGGAUUAGCUGCCAAGGGGAUCUAUCCAGCAGUAGAUCCGUUAGAUUCCACAUCAACUAUGCUCCAACCUUCGAUUGUAGGUGAAGAACAUUAUGAAACUACGCAAGGAGUUAAACAAACUUUGCAACGUUAUAAGGAACUUCAAGAUAUUAUAGCUAUUCUUGGAUUAGACGAAUUAUCAGAAGACGAUCAUUUAAUCGUGGCAAGAGCAAGAAAAAUUGAACGGUUUUUGUCACAACCCUUUUUUGUAGCAGAGGUAUUCACUGGUUCCCUCGGUAAAUAUGUUAGUCUAAUAGAGACAAUUAGAGGUUUUCAAAUGAUCCUUUCCGGAGAAUUAGAUGUUCUACCCAAACAGUCUUUUUAUUUGGUGGGUAACAUUGACGAAGCUACCGCAAAGGCUAUGAACUUAAAAGAAAUUUAA